UCGGCUGUUGAUUAGACCAGAGGCUGUUUCACCGCAAUUAAAUAAUCUCCGGAGAAGAUCGAGAGAGAAGAGCAACUGACAACCCAAUCAAUACCAGUAUAUUUUAGACUUUUGAGGGGUCUCUGGAUGGGGGUCGCACGACUUUAGAGAGCGGGUUGAGAGAGUAGCAUAACAAAACUUCGGUUGUGAUAAAAAAUUGGUUUUGCGUAAAUGUUAUCAUGGCGCUGGACUGCUCCUCUUUCUCCAUCAAGGACAUCCUCACCCGCGGACGUGACGCGCGAGACAACAUUCCAACUUCACGGAAUCUGACAGAACUCUGCACGUUAAAGCUGGCCUCCAUCAGCCAGGACCGGCAAACCGAGAGCAGGGAUGGGAGUUUGAGGGGCCCCGGUUCAUCCACCUCGGAAUGCAGUGACGAGCACAAAGGGGAUGAUAUGGAGAUGAAACACAUCCGCCAAGGAAGUAUUAGUUCCUCUCCUGGUUUGGGAGACACCAGGAACCCUACGUUCGAGUUCGGUAGUGAAGAGUCCACUGGGGAGGAGGCGGAACACAUGGCAUGCAAAAAAGACAUAAACAACAAACAACCCAGUAUCUAUCAGGACAAACAGAGGAAGGAAGAGGAGAAUGAGAGGGAGAGUAGUUACAGCACCGUGGGCCAAUCCAUAUCUGGUAACAAGAAGCGCUCCCGUGCGGCCUUCACCCACGCGCAGGUCUACGAGCUAGAGCGUCGGUUUAACUUGCAGCGCUACCUGUCCGGUCCCGAACGGGCGAACUUGGCGGGUGCCCUGAAGCUCACGGAAACCCAGGUGAAAAUCUGGUUCCAGAACCGGAGAUAUAAGACCAAACGGCGGCAGAUGGUGGCCGAAAUUGCCGCUUGUAGCUCCUCUACACCAGCCACACUGGCUAAGAAAGUGGCGGUGAAGAUCCUGGUUCGAGACGAUCAGAGACAGUACCGAGGGGACGAGCUGCAUCGUCCGCCUGCUCUGCCACUAUAUCCGGCCUACCAAUAUGGAUACAACCCCUACAUGUACUGCUUCCAGACAGGAAUCUCUAGCAAUGCGCUUUGUGGGGGGAUGCAUUGACACAGUGGUGUAGCUACAAUUCCUUAAGGCAUUCAUUAACUUUAUGGACUUACUAAAAGAUGAAAAAGACACUGGAUAACCAGACGACAUUUCUACAUGCGUCUAUGUGUAGCUAAAUACUUUCUUUAUUCUCUAUUGGAGAGUGAGGUCAUUUCAAAGCACAGGGAGCUUUUUGAUACUGUAUACCUACAAAGCAAAUGGGCCUAUAGACAUUACACUGACAACAUUGAUGGACACAGCAAGAAGUAGUAGCCUAGAUAACAAUAUUGGAAUUAUUACGCAGUAAUGUGCAUCGAGUUUAAUUGUAUAGCCAGCCACCUAAUAACUAAAUAAAGCUUUAAAACUAGUUGGGAGUCAUCAUUAUCCUAAUGACAUUGUUAACACACACACAAAGUUGAUAACUCAUUAUAAAACAGGAAAGGGGUACAUUCAACUGUGUCUUCCACAUUUAACCUAGCCCAUCUAAAUCAGAGAGGUGCGGGGGCUGCCAUAAUCGACAUCUACGACGCACAGUAGGUUAACUGCCUUGCUCAGAGGUAGAAGGACAGAUUUUUUUUACCUUGUCAGCUCAGGGAAUUGAUCAAGCAACCUUUCGUUACUGGCCCAACGAUAUAACCACUAGGCUACAUGAGGUAUGUAGGUUAAUUCAUGAUUAUGAAACAAUGUAGGCUAAUAUCAAGUGCUAAAUCGAAAUAAACAACAUUUCCAUUUCUAUCAUUUUCAUAAACCUUUGAUAGACUUCUCUAAGCCUUGAACUUAAUAGGUCUAAUAACUUUUCACAUUAGUCGAUCUCAUAUAUGCAAUAGAUUCGUUAAAACAUUGAUACAACACAAAUACAAUUGAAAUACUUAGGUAAAUUAAGGAUUGUUAUUCUCCAAAUUAAGCCAACAUCCAUCUUCAUGAAAUUAUUAAAUUCGUAAGAGGAAAAAACAAAUAUAUCGAUUUCAUAUUGUGGGAUUUUUUCCAAACAUUCUUAAGGAUUGAUAACGAAUUUAAUCAUGGCAGACACAAUAUAAGUACCAAUAAUAUCUGCAUUGUUUCUGCAUUUAGCUGCCUGUUAGAAGUUGAACCCACAAUAUGUGGACAGUAAACUUACACAACAUAACGAUGCAAAAGACGUUGCACCAAUGAGGACGUAAUGCGUUUGAACAUGGUUAUUAUUAGCCCAUGGUCGAGCUCUUGAAGACUACAAGUAACUACAUUGAAUCACCGACAUGAUAAAAUCUAAAAAUUCUAGGUUUAAAAACAACCCAAUUUUAAAAUUGAAUAUGAGGCUUAGAAUGUAAAGGUAUAAAAUCAAAUCACAUGUUAUUUGUCACAUGCUUCGUAGACAACAGGUGUAGACUAUUUUUAAAAAUAUUUUUGUAU